AAAUGAAAGCAAUGUCAAGAUGACAUUAUUCUUCAAUACUUUCAGUGAUAUUAUAUUUUUGUAUUUUUAUUUAAAUGGAAAAAUAACUAAAUGGAGAAAUCAGACAGCAAUACAGUGCAAAAUCAUACUUCUGGAGAUGAAGGAGAGAACCAAGGAGACGAUGACGUGCCGACCACGUCGAGGGGAGACAACUUUAACCCUGAACAAAUAUCACACAACAUGAAUGAUUUCAAAGCUAUAGAUUUUAAUUCCGCUGAUGAAGUUAGGCAAGCUAUGAAGGUGAUGCUAUCUGGGAAAAUGCCUCCGCAGUCAUUCGCGGAGGACAGCAAUACGUUUCCAAGUAACAAUGACCCAGUGAAAAUCAACGAAACGAAUAAAUCUAUACGCACCCACAACAUGUUGAGACCCGUUCGUCUAAUUCACAACAAGUUUACAUCGGCUUGGAACUAUAAGAGACAAACUGCGGCUGAAGUGACGUCUUUACCAGAAAACACGACACCAGAAACGGUGACACCUUCGCAAAUGUUGCCGAAACCUCAAAAAGAACCUACAAAGAGUUCCCGUAAACCAUCUAAAACUUCUGGUGAAUCUACCAGACGAAAAAGACCUGGGCGGCCACCGAAAGCAGGCCCUUCUAAAGCCAAAAGGCCCAACAUUAAGUCGAUGUACCUCGGGAAAUUAUCUAACGUUGUUCCCUUCAAGCGGUACCUGGAGUCUGCAAGCGAGUCGGACGUAGAAUCUGUUAUCACUUUUUACUAAAUUAUGUCAAACACAAUUCUCACUUUUGUUUGUUCAUUUGGGCUUUCCUUGUCCUUAAAUCAAGUAAAGAAAUAAAUAUCGCUAGAAACAUUCAAAUUCA